CCUACUGCCCCAAGGCAUACACCCAGAACUCAGCCUUAAAGUAUCACAUGAACAAACAUCACAGCUUGAUACCGGAACCGGUGAAAGGAGGUUUUGACGGUGUUAUUUUAAAGGAAGACAAACAAAUCGAUGUUGGUGCAACUACAGUGGACUCGAGCCUCACUUAAAAUGACAGAGCAGAUGGAAAUUGAACUACUGGAACAUGACAUCCGCACGUUGCGCAAACAGCUCAGCCAAAAAGUUCAACAGCUGAAGGCCUUGAAAAAACAUUUUCAGAAAAAUUGUUUGAAUAAAUUGAAUAACAAUGAAAUAGCUCGAUACAGUCGCCAGAUUAUACUGUCCGAAAUUGGAGUCCAAGGACAGCUGAAACUGAAAAAAGCGUCCGUUCUGGUGGUUGGUACCGGCGGUCUCGGCUGCCCGUCAUCACUCUACCUGGCAGGUGCGGGCAUCGGUUGCAUUGGUAUCCUGGAUUAUGAUGAAGUAGAGCUCACGAAUCUGCAUAGGCAACUGCUUCACACAGAAUCCACUGUUGGCCUGAGCAAGGUCGAAUCUGCCAAAACUUUUCUCGCUGAGCUCAAUUCCCAGAUCGAAAUUAUUACGCAUCGCACACAGUUAACCAGCGAUAAUGCUUUGAGUAUUCUUGAACCAUACAAUAUUGUAGUCGAUGCAACAGACAAUGUUGCGACGAGAUAUUUAUUGAAUGACGCAUGUGUUCUUCUCAAAAAACCACUAGUUUCUGGAAGUGCCUUGCAAUUAGAAGGACAGCUUACAGUUUACAACUAUAAAGAUGGUCCAUGUUAUCGAUGCUUGUUUCCUACACCUCCACCACCGGAAACUGUUACGAAUUGUGGAGAUGGUGGCGUGUUAGGAGCAAUUACGGGUGUAAUAGGAGCACUUCAAGCACUUGAAACGAUCAAGAUAAUACUAGGAAAUGAGGGUGUACUGAACGGACGAUUAUUAUUGUUUGAUGGACAACGAAGUACCUUCCGCAACUUGAAACUUCGACCGAAAAAAGUCGACUGCUCUGUUUGCUCUGAAAAACCAAGCUUGACCCAAUUGAUUGAUUACGAAGUAUUUUGUAGUAUGAAAGCAACCGAUAAGGAUUCACAUUUGCAUUUAUUACAACCGAAUGAACGCAUAACCGUUGAAGAGUACAAAAAGUUGGCGGACUCGGCAGACCCACACAUACUGAUUGAUGUACGAGGGAGCAAUCAAUUUGAGAUUUGUCAGCUUCCGUCUUCAGUGAACAUUCCUAUCGAUGACAUUUUAAAGGAUCGUCGAACUAACGAACUUAUAAAUCGUGCUGAGGAAAAUAAAGUUCCUGUAUUUCUGCUGUGUCGUCGUGGAAAUGAUUCUCAGCUUGCCGUUCGUCAUUUAAAACCACUGUUUGAACAGAAAGGCCUCAAACCACCCAAAGAUAUUUUUGGAGGCUUACACGCGUGGACGCAAAUUAUUGACCCUGAUUUUCCAAUUUACUAAAAUCGUUAAAACUAAAACAAACUGAAAUUUAAUGAAAUUGUUGUUAUUGGCUUUGCUUGCUCUUAAUUACACUAUAUAAUAUUCUAUAAAAGUAAGUUGAAAUGCUAAUGUAUCAAGAACAAAGUUUUUUUUAUUAAUUCA